AUUACGAUGCCCAAGGCAGGAACACGAACAGUUCACUGCUGGCUAACUGGUCGAAGAAGUCGGGUAAACCGAGUGUGCCGAGGCUCACGGUACCGUUAACCGUGUUUCAUACGGAGAUAGAUCAAUUCGUACCUGAGCUACCUGUGCAGAACCUGAAACCAGGUGCGCGAUACCACGGUAGUGAAGCGGAUCGGAGAAGUUUUCUUUUUUUUUUUUUGGGAAAAAGGAAAGAAUAAAAGCUUUCCUCUUAGUGAUCCAGGAUGAUCGUGCUAGCGUGGUCAUUGUUCGUGCUGGUCUCAUUACUCGUCGCUACUAAUCAAGCCUUCCUGACGGCUCCUGCACCAGUUCACGGAGUGUCGAGUUACAAUGUGGCCGACGUUCAACGACGAUUGGAGAGCAACGAGGUGAUUCGUAAAAGCAAUAACAACCACGAACAACACCCGGACGAUUCGACAAACGACAAUCGCGAUGAUGAACCAACCGUCUAUGUAAUCGAGUUCGAAUCCGAGUUGAACGAGAAAGAAGAAAGUAUGAAGAAUACAGGGAACGAUGCGUCUACCGCGGACGGAGAUAGCCAGAACCCAUUGGAUCCAUGGUCGAUCGUAUGGUACAUCGGUUCGUUUGGCGGCUUGGUAGCCUUCUUUCUCAUAGUGAGCUGUUCGGAGUGGUGUUGUCGUCGCAGUGGAAGGACAUUAACGGUACCCUAUGCCCAACGGGCGGAAGUGAUCAACGGUGGACAAGUUGUGACCGAGACUCCACCCCCUCCUUAUCACCUGUUUGCGCCACCCCCUUACGAUUCCGUCAACUACGGUGAAAUCGUGGACAAGACUUCCGGGGAGAAACUAGACAUCUACGUGAUAUCGGUGCCGAUUCACCGGCCAGUAGUGCAGGUACCUGCCUAAAAUCUCCCCGGAGAGGUCCUCGAGCAGAGGAUAAUGGCGAGACAAAGAAAAUGACACUGACCGUGUCGCAACAUAUUUAUCGAUAGACGAUUCCCCGGUGUUCUUCGAUGGUUCUCCCUUGACUGGGACCCGAUUACACAUUUCUUUUUUUUUUUGACAAUCGUCUGUUGAUGCCAGGAUCGACUGGCUCGUUUGGAACGAGCACGGAUCAAGGAGAUAUGUAACGACGAGCUGUGAACGCAAAAGAUGCUACAAGCAUCGACUAGAGAAAAAUGAUUUCUUGAUCGAAGAUCCCAUGGAGUUCCUCGUCGAACGAGGUAUGCAAGAAGAUUCGAAUCUCUAUGGGGAUUGAAGACAUCCGGUUUAAUGAGAACAAUUAAGAGCGUCUAUCUUUGGAUUACGAAGCAGUUGGAUAAUUUUAAAGGGUUAACGAAACACUAUAGAAGAAGAAGAAACGCGAACGAUAAUGAAAAGGAGAGAAAUGCGAAUCCAUAAUGCAUGGGUGCGAAGUGAAAGGAACUAUUUCUGAGAUUAUCGAGGAACGAAAUUUUCUGUUAUUGCAUAUCGGAAUGAUUUUAGGAUAACGUGAUUUGACAUCGAUCAAUGGUAAUUAAUACCAAGGAUCGUGAGACUAUUUUUAACCAAUUAUUUAUCCAAUCACUGCCCGAUCAGAUGAAUCGUUCGAUCUAAUCUUUCAGAAUGAAUGAGAUACCGAUGAUUGUUGAGCAUUGUUUUGCAUUCAGUUUAUCUUAGCCAAACUUGGAACAAUAACUGCCAUAUUUUAACGAAUUUUAAUAAGAACAACUUCGUGAGACGAUUUCUCGAGGUCAGGAUAAUAAUUUUACUCGUGCUGCUCUAAUAAGUAAAACAAUUUCAACGAGUGUUUCGUGUAAUCAGAGGAUCGUGAUUCUUCGUUUUCUUCGAGCUAGAUCAAUUUUG